AUGGCUCGCGAUGAUAUCUCCGACUUCGUCACCUUCGCUCCCUCCCCCUAUUCCACCAACCGACACAAACGAAACGCCUCAGUCCCGGAAUUUCCGGAGCUCCGUUUGAUGUUCUCCCCGCCGAAACCCGCUUCUUCUCCAUUCCUCGCUCCAGCACCAGCACCAGCACCAGCAGCAGCAGCAUCACCCCCGCCGCUAGCGCCAGUAGCAACAGCAGCACCAGCAGCAGCGGAAUCGUUGAUGACGUCAGCCGCGCCGCUUCACGAGCGUUACUUCAAGAAGCGAAUGAUUGGUCAGGGUCACUUCGGGCAGGUUUGGGCAGUCGAGGAUCGGAUAACGCGGAGAACGUUCGCUUGCAAGAGCAUUCCCAAGAACAGCGCCAAGUUCGGCGAGGCGGAGAUGAAACGCGAGAUCGCCGCGAUGAAACGCGUGUCGGGCCACGAGAGCAUCGUACAGUUACAAUCCGUGCACGAGGAUUCGGAAUCCAUGCACCUUGUCAUGGACUACUGCGACGGUGGGGAGCUGUACGAGGCGGUGGAACGACAGGGAAGGUUCCCGGAAAAAGAGGCCGCGAGGGUGUUUAAGCAGCUCGUGUCGGCCGUCGCGUAUUGCCACUCGCAGGGCGUCAUGCAUCGAGACGUCAAGCCGGAAAAUAUUCUCCUCUCCGCGUCGGCAGCGUCGGCAUCCUCGUCCGCGUCGUCGUCUGCCAGCGCUCGUUCCGGCGGGAAUUCCGGCGCGGUCUCCGGCACGGAUUCCGUCCCUGCGGCUCCUGGUAAAGGCGUUGCGGCGCCGCGCGAAGCAGUCAGGGUGAAGCUCGCGGAUUUCGGGCUCGCGGUUCUCCUUGCCAAGGGCGAAAAAGCCUCGGGAAUCGCGGGAUCGCCGCUAUACAUGGCUCCCGAGGUUGUUUCUAGCGAGUACGACUUUGCCGCGGACGUAUGGUCUCUCGGCGUGGUGCUUUACAUUCUGCUCUGCGGCGCGCCGCCUUUCGGCGGGAAGGACGACGCGCAAAUCAUGCACUCGAUCUGCCACGACGAGCCGGAUUUCUCCUCGCCUACGUGGCAGAGCGUGUCGGCGGAAGCUAAGUUGUUCGUCCGGUGCCUCUUAGCUAAAAACCCCGCGCGCCGCCCUCCGGCGUACAAGCUCCUGGCGCACCCGUGGAUCCUCGUGCACACGCGCGGCGGGCGGAUCGUACGGCGGAAGGUGUUCGCGAUGAACGGACGGCAGGCAAGGGCGGGCGGCAUGAGCGCCGCGGUGACCGGCGGGUUCGCGUCGCCCCUGCGACCACGAACUGGGCCUCACGCGGGGUUCGCGGUGGGAACGCCGGUGCGGUCGUGUGGGUCGACGAGCGUCGCCGCAGCGCUUCUUUCUCCCCUGCCGACUGCUGCUCUGCCGGCAGCGAUGACGCCAGCAAUGGCGCCGCUCCUGUCCCCGCAGAUUGGAGUAACGCCGAUUCUGGGAAGAAUUGCGGCGAUGCGCGUGGCUGGGUCGCCGUCGCCUCUCUCCGCGCCGUCAGUUCCGCCGUCUCCCGCGGGGCACGCGCAGUGGGUUGCGCCAUCGCCCGUGUUUGGAUCGCCGCUGGGAGGAGGGGGCAAUGCCGUGGUGGUGGGUUCUCCGUGGUCGGCUGUGGUUGACACGUCGCCGUUUGUCUGCCGUACUGCGCCGGUACGGUGCCAGCAACCGUUCCCGCCACAACUGCCGCAGCAGCAGCAGCAGCAGCAGCAGCAGCAGCAGCAGCAGCAGCAGCAGCAGCAGCAGCAGCAGCAGCAGCAGCAGCAGCAGCAGCAGCAGCAGCAGCAGCAGCAGCAGCAGCAGCAGCAGCAGCAGCAGCAGCAGCAGCAGCAGCAGCAGCAGCAGCAGCAGCAGCAGCAGCAGCAGCAGCAGCAGCAGCAGCAGCAGCAGCAGCAGCAGCAGCAGCAGCCGCAGCAGCAGCCGCAGCAGCAGCAGCCGAUGCAGAGUCAGGAAGGAUCCUCUAUCCCUACCCCUCCCACUUCCGGAGAAUUUCAGCUUCCGCCAGCCGCGUUUCCUGCUGCUGCUGCUACCUCCGCUCUGCCCGUCGCUUCUCUCUCUGCUCUUUCAGCUGCCUGCGACACCUCCGUUUCCUCCUGUGCAUCUGCGUCCGCCUCUCAAUCCUCCUCAUCCUCUACAAUCCCCUCUGCUGCUUCUGCUGCUCCUACAGCUGCUCCUCCUGCUGUUGCACAGCUGUCUAAGGCGAGUGUGCCUUCCUCGGUCCCUGCUUUGACGCCCAUUUCUCCUGAUGUAACUCCGGUGCUCGGUCCAUCCCUUCCCAGCACAGUGCUCAGCCCGCUGACUGCCCCGCUGCCAUCAACACAACUGCAAAACAGCAACCCGAAAGCAUGCGGUAACCUUGUUACAGCAGCAUGUGCCAGCACGAUGCUGACGCUUGGAAAUGUACAUGGCGUGGUGCAUUUGAAGGGAGUUGCUACUGGUGCUGGACCAUCUUUCAGCACUCUUGCUGAUGAGAGCUGGGGGUCAGUCGGGUCUGCUGGGGGUCUUGCUCCGGCUUCUGCUGCCCUCACUUCCAUGGCAUCUGGUUCGGUUUCUUCUGCUGAUUUGGUUUUGAACGGUGGUGGCAUGACAGGCGGUCCAGCAGGAUUGGUGGAUAUGCCCGGCAUGUCGUCGCUCAGGCGUUGUCUUUUUGCGUGA